AUGAAGCUGAACUUGUUCAAUGCAGCUCUCAUGAGCCUUGCAACUGGCUCUUAUGCCUGGGAGCCCAGAGGCCAUGAGUACCGCGCACCACUUCCAGGAGCCAGCCGAUCUCCAUGCCCAGGCCUGAACGCCCUAGCCAACCACGGCUACCUCCCUCGCUCUGGGGAGAACAUCGAUUUAAAAACAUUCCAGAACGCCAUCUCCGGCGGAUACAACUUCGAGCCCAACUCAAUGGACUUCGUUUUCGAACUGGCAGUGAACUUCAACUUGACGACGACAGGCAAUCCAAAUACCUGGAAUCUCUUCGACCUCGCCCGCCACGACGAAAUCGAAAUCGACGGCUCGUUGUCACGAAACGACAUCUACUUCGGCGACGAUGUGCACUUCGAUCACAAUGUCUGGGCGCAGACAGCCAAGCACCUCGGUCUCAACGACAACCGUGGUCCUGCGAAAAACCGAUACAUCACUAUCGAGGUAGCGGCCAAGGCUCGCGCGGCACGCGUGGCGGAGGCUAUGAGAGUCAACCCCAGCUUCAACAAUUCGGCGAAUGCAAUGAGCGGCAGCCCUGGUACCACGGCGCUUUACUUGUUGACAAUGUGGGAUUACAAGGUUGGUGCUGCGCCGAAGGCUUGGGUGAAGCCUUUCUUUGAAGAGGAACGUAUUCCCUACCGUGAGGGAUACAGAAAGCCCGAAGUUCCGCUUCUCUUUAAGGAUGUCGAAGACAUGACACAGAAGGUAGUCGCUGUUAAGGUCUAG